CGGCCAUGAGGCUGUGGGCGCGCAGCCUCCGCCCGCCGCGCGGCCCUUUGUUCCUGGGGGUCAGCGCCUGCCCGCCCUCCUCUCUGCCCCGCGGCCCGUGAUGGCGGGGGCGGUGUGAACCCGCCCGAAGGGAGGAGGAGGAGGAGGAGGAGGAGGAGGAAGAGGAGGAGGAGGAGGAGGAGGAGGAGCCGCCGCCACCGCCGCUGCCCAGGAUGCGAUGGGGAACUGCUGGGCGCAGUGGUGCUGCGGGCUUUUCUUCCGGAGGGAAGCCGGCCGGCUCCAGCGAGGCGGAGGAUCGAAGUAUUUUAGAACAUGUUCAACAGGAGAACACUUCACUAUAGAGUUUGAAAACCUAGUGGAAAGUGAUGAGGGGGAAAGCCCAGGAAGCAGUCACAGACCUCUGACUGAGGAAGAAAUUGCUGACUUGAAAGACAGACAUUAUGACUCCAUUGCUGAAAAGCAGAGAGUUGUUGAUAUGAAAAUUCAGUCAGAGUUAGCCUUACAAGAGGAGAAGUUAAGAAUAGAAGAGGAGGCUUUAUAUGCUGCACAACGUGAAGCAGCCAGGGCAGCAAAGCAGAAAAAGCUCUUGGAGCAACGUAGACAGCAAAGGAUAACACAGAGGGCGCAUGCUGUUAAUAAUGGAGAAUACCAGAGCACUGUGGCAGAGGAAGAUCUUGAUUCUUUCUUAAGAAAUACAAAAUUCCAGUAUGAAGCUUUUCGAAGUAGUAGACUUUCAUCUGAUGCUACAGUGCUGACACCCAACACAGAGAGCAGUUGUGAUUUAAUGACGAAAACAAAAUCAAUGAGUGGAAAUGAUGACAGCACUUCUUUAGAUUUAGAGUGGGAAGAUGAAGAAGGCAUGAACAGAAUGAUUCCAAUGAGAGAACGCUCCAAAACAGAAGAAGAUAUACUCCGGGCGGCACUGAAAUUUAAUAGCAGGAAGACGGGAAGUAAUCCAGCUUCAGCCUCUGACGAUUCUAAUGGAUUGGAGUGGGAGAAUGACUUCGUUAGCGCUGAAAUGGAUGAUAAUGGCAAUUCAGAAUAUGCCGGAUUUGUAAAUCCUGUUUUAGAUUUGUCUGCAUCAGAUGUGAGGAUAUCCGAUUCUGAUCAUCAAGACAGAUAGUGAAACUGCGUGGCCCUUGUUUGUGACCAAAUGUUGGAAGGUGAAACAGAAUGUACAAAACCAAUUUGCUCUUUUAUAACGUGGUUCCCUUCUUCUUACAAAUUGAUCAGCAAGGAAUGGGAGUGACUUGCUAUCUGAAUUAAUUCAGAAUUAAGUGCAAUUUUAUCAUCUACCUUCUAAACUUUUAUGAAAACUGGGAUGAUUCUAUUGUGUAUAUUUCUGGAUAUCUGGAACUAAUAGAAAAUUAUCUGCACUAAUUUAAGCUUCAUAGCUUGACAUAUCUAUAUUUUAACUAGCCUUUUUUUCCAGAUGAUGUUUCUACUGAUUUUGUUUUUAAAAUUCAUCAUUGGCCUAACAUUUAUCUUGGAAAAAGUCUUAUAUAAUUUAUCUAAUACUUGAAUAUAGAAAAAUAAUUUUAAAAAAACUUUAUUUCCAAUAUGUGCUUUUUGACUUGUUCUUUAGGUGUUUAAAGGGUGUACUUAGCCAGCUACAAAACAAAUUUCACACAUGGUAAAUUGCAGUUUUUCCCUGUCUAGCUUAUAGUCUUCCAAGCCUUGUGUUGUCCUCUUUCCAUUUUUUAGUACUUUAUGCUAAGCACGGUUAACCUCAAUAAACAUAGUAUAAAUCACCAGGUUAGGUAAGAUAUUGUCUUUUAUAAUAUGCCAGGCUUAGUGUGUGCUAGAUAGAAAAACAAUUUUAAAAAUUCUUUAUGCGUCAAACUGGAAAUUUUAACCAGUAUCUAAUGGAUUACUGGGAGGACCAAAGUCUUGAUUUCACUGCUUCCCAUUUCCCAUCCCCCACCUCCAACAGGCCAACAUCUAUUACCACAUGGUCCUUAAAAUUCUUUAGUUGUGGAAAACACAAUUCAGCUCGACUGGAACAAUUAUUGAAAAGCAGCAUUCUCUGAGCAGAAUGGAGAAGGGAUGAUUGCUCUGCUGCUGGGGUGGGAAGAGCAAGAACCUAAAGACUGAAUUCCUAUAUCUGCGUUUUAAAAAGAAAAAAAAAAUCAAGUUACAAACCAGUGUAUUUAACUGCUCUAGCUUUCCUGUGCCUCUAAGCUGGAUGGUUAAUACUGCUGGUAUGGACUGAACUUCAAGAAGGUGUUCAGUUAUUGCAAAUCUGGUGUAAUGUAUUGUGUGGUCUCCCCCAAUAUUUAAUGUAAAUUCUACUUUUUUUUUAAAAAGCUCCCUGAAGACAACAUGCAAACCACUUUGUAGAUUUCAAGCUUUCUCCAAAGUUUCAGUAAAGCCAUUCUACUCUACUGUUAUUUUGUGUAGCUGUCUUAUUUUUCCCUGAAAAAAGGGGCGUAACUUCACCAUUAUGAAGUAAAAGCAACACAUUGUGUUAAGUAGUAAAUCUGUCUCAUCAGAACUGAAUUUGUCAGUGAAAGUUAUAUCACUGUUUUAGAUCAGCUGAGCCUAUAUAUAAUAUUGGGGUCGCUGCAGUGUGGUCCUCUUCGUGAUAACUUGAACAAAAAUACUGCACACUUGGAUUAUGUACAAAUAUCAACAUUAAUGAACAGAUAAAUCUUGUUGAUAACAUUCCAUUUCUUAAUUUAAAUUGUAGCUAUGUCAUUGGAAAUAUUUUAAUGUAAUUAUCUACGUUUGCAAUGCCUGUAAUAAGCUUUAAAAAUUUGUACACAUCAAAUGUAUAUUUCUGGUUUGGCAUAAGCUACUACUGUGUAACUUCUCCUGAACAUUUAUUUGUAUAAUAUAUUCCUAUGGAACUGAAGGCAACUUUCUUGGCAUGUAAAUAACAUGAGGGUGGUUCCUUUUUUUUUUUUUUUUUUUGUUACUGUAACUUAUCCUGCAGUGGUCACUACUUUUCCUGACCAGUGAACAUGAGGUUAACUUGUCCUGACCAUGCUUGGAGGAAGUAAAUUAGCUGAUAGUCCUGCUUGUAGCAUAAACAAGCAGUCGGGGAAAAAGGAAGCUGGUGCAGCUGAAGGCUUUUACUGUGAUGGGCAUGUUGUGUAGCCAGGGCUAAGAGCAUUCAGCUUUUCAGAGCUCAGUGCACCACACUGAGUGACUUAAAUUAUGGUCAAUAUUUGCAUAAGUUUUAAGAAAUUGAAAGGUUAUAUAAACAGCUCAUGUGAAAAUUCAACAGGACUGUAAAAUACGUAUCUGUACAAAUUGAAAGUCAUUAAAAUUUUCAGUCUUACA